AUGUUGGAAUGCCAGAACUGCGGCGCAGUGGGCGACUCGUUCUUCAGCGAAAACUACUUCGGCGAGAUGGUGUGUGAGCUGUGCGGCACGCAAAGUUUCCUCCAAGCUCGUAACGAGACGCAGGAAGCCGAAGACAUGGGAAUGGACAUUACAAAUGUUCUGAGGACACUCAAGCGCCGUGUAGUGCGCAAGAAGAAGCGAAAUGCUGGCGAAGCUUUUGGCGAUGAAGAGAGUAAGACGCGCUUGAAGAAGAAGGAGAAGGAGAAAGAGAAGUCGAAGCUGCCAGAGCUACUGGACUGUGUGAUCGCCACGCAGAUGGUACUGGACUCCAUGGCUCGAGCGCUCAUUGAGCGUGUGGGGACCGACACGUUCCCUGCUGACGAAUACCCCAAGGCAGUGAAGGAGUUAUGGUUCAAAUUCUUGAAAACCUGGGGCGUUAAAGGCACCAAGCCGUUGUUACGCUGUUAUAACGAGUUCUUCCUGUUCUAUUCGAAAGAGGAAGAGAAGAGCAUGGAUCCAGCUGCAACGUUUGACUUGUUGGAGCAAUGGGACGCAGAACGUCGCAAGUUCGACGAGCUCAACAUGUUCUCCCUCGUAGACCUAGUGGGCAUCUUGAUGCUCGCCUCUCGUGUGCUGAACCUGGGUUUACUGCCAAGUGACUUCGCGGAAUGGGUCGCUACGGGAGUGAUCCCAUACCACAACUCGCUGGCCGCGUGCUGUGCGGACGUUCCGGAUGUGCGCGACUCUGUCAAGUUCGUUGUUGGUUUCUUCCAGUCUUUGAUGCUGCGACACAGAGCGACUGCCGUCCAUAUCGCCUACUCUGCCCACCAUCUCCAGUACCACAUGGGCUUACGUCUGCCUCCGCUAAAUGUACCCCUGGCAGCUCAUCGCAUCUGCGCUACAAUGGGUUUUCCCGCUGAAGUGUAUCGCAAUUUUCAAUGGAUUACUGGCUUUAUGAAUGUGGACGGAGAAAUGACCGAGCUGCCACUGAUGCUACAAGCCGAGGUGGAUGGCUAUCCCAGAUUUAAUCUAACACACACGAAGCAAGACAGAGCCAGAGUCGAUGCUAUUCUCGAGUCUGAAGUGGGGAUUGUAGCGCACUUGAUAGUGGCAAUCAAAAUGUGCGCCAAUUGGCACGAGUGGAUCUACGAACGGAGUCACAAACAAGACGAAGAAACGAAAGAUAAUGACGAGGAAAGUCGAUACGACGCCCCACCCGUUGCAGCAGUACACGACGCGCAUCUGCUGCCACGACGUGCUCUCGAUUCAUUUACGCGGUUUGCCAAGCAGGUUUUCGUUGAUCCGGAUAAAUCUGCCGUCCCUGAAGAGCUCCAGAUGCACUUUGAGCAGCUAGAACGCAUCCAGAAGUCUGAUGACGCAGCAGGAGAUCAGAGCGAGAGUCUCAAGACCAACGAUCUCUACGCGUAUCCAGCUGUGCACGUAGAUGGAGUCUUGGCUGAGAGUGAUAAGGAAAUCGAGGAGCGUAUGAAGCGCUUACGAGCUCGAGGAUCCGACGAAAGGAAGAAGAUGGACGCGUUCUUUUACCCAGUCUAUAGCGAACACUCGUAUCGAAGUGCACUGCAUCCAGCGUACGAGCGUGUGCUGGAGAUGUUGUGCAGGAAAAUCAACGCCCCAAUCGCUCAACUUGAUCUACCACUUUGA